GCCUGUCUCUUGUUCUUUAAGUUUAACACUUUAAGCUUCGCUGAUUGUCAUUUUAGAGUGAUUUUCUGUUAUCAGAGAUUGAACCUUAGAAUCUCUGCGUAAAUAUCAUCAAAGGAGGAAGUACUGAAAACAAUGCCGAUUAAAUAUUUAGCAGAACAAUACACAAUUCAUUAGUAUUUUCUUCAGAACAAUACAUAGUUUUGUUAUAAAAAAAUGUUAAACAAUUUUGUCAUACAAAACAAAAUAUAUUGCCAAGUGGUUUCCUGGACUUAAACCGCUAAAUUUCAAAAAUAUCUGCCGGCCACACACCUACCGGUAACCAACAUAUUAAAAACUACUAGUCGACCACGACCACUUUCUUUUGGCUACUCUCUCAGACACUACUGACUGCUCUGAAAAUUCAAUCACGUAAUAAGAAUAAGAAAAAGAUACCACACAUCUUUUUUCUAGAAUCGCAUUCACUGUACAAGCAAAAAAAAAAACCUCAAUCACAUAACCUUUUUUUGUUUGCUUCUGAAAGGUAAGCGAAUCAUAACAUGUCACGCAAUCACUAUCAAUUUAAAACUGGUUUCUUAAAAAUAAUUGUUUAAUCACUUCCUUUCUUUUUGUUUGUACUUCCAUGUUUAGAUUCUGUCUCUUUCUCUCUGCAACUCGCACAACACACAAGACAAGAGAGAAGAAAAUCAAUGGCUAGUUGCUUCAGCUACGUAUCUUGCCGUAACAAAUGUUACCAGUACAGCUUCUCUCGCGCCGGUCUCCGAUCAUCAACCUCCGAUCUCGGCGACGGCACCGUUGUCCACUGCUGGAUCCCGCAGACUCACGUCGACGCCAAACCCACGCUCCUCCUCCUCCACGGGAUCGGAGCCAACGCCAUGUGGCAGUGGGAUCGGUUCAUCGACCGGUUUAUCCCCCGGUUCAACGUCUACGUGCCGGACCUCAUCUUCUUCGGCGACUCGCACACGACUCGCCCCGACCGGUCCGAGUCGUUCCAGGCGAGCUGCGUCAUGAAGGUGAUGGACGCUCACGGCGUUGGGACCAUGACGGUUGCUGGCCUCAGCUACGGAGGGUUCGUGGCCUACUCAAUGGCGGCGCAGUUUAAGGAGAGGAUAGAUCGGGUGGUGCUAAUAUGCGCCGGGGUUGCUCUGGAGGAGAAAGACUUGGAGGAUGGGAUGUUUAAAGUGAAGAGCGCGGAUGAGGCGGCAAACGUGUUGUUUCCUCAGUCUCCGUCGAUGCUCCGGCGACUUCUCCAGUUAUCUUUCUACAAACCUCCGGUUUGGAUCCCUUCUUGCUUUGCCAUGGACUACAUUCAUGUGAUGUGUAGAGAUUAUCUUCUAGAAAGAAAAGAACUUGUGGAAGCUCUACAUAAAGGUAGAAGAUUCGCUGAUCUUCCCAAGAUAGCACAGCCUACAUUGAUGAUAUGGGGAGAGGAAGAUCAAGUAUUCCCAGUGGAAUUAGCACACAGAUUGAAGAGACAUUUGGGGGAAAACAGAGCACAACUAGUGUUACUAAAGAAAACAGGACAUGCGAUUAAUGAAGAGAGACCAAAGGAGAUGUACAAACACAUGAAGUCUUUUCUUUGCACAGACGCAAUGAUUCGUCCUAAUGACAAUGCUAAGAGACUCAUGUUAACAAGCUUGAUAUCUCCUGUCAAGAUCAACAAGUGACGUUAUUGAAGGCCGCUCAUCUUCUCCCUUAAUCAUGUCACCGAAGUGUUUUAUUAUCUCUGUUACUGUUAAGACAUUGCUUCUUGUCGGAACUAAGAAUACUUUUAUAUCAAGAAAGUAAAAAGAUCGUCCUAUAGUCUUUUACAAGGACAAUACUUGGGUUCACA